GGAAGCCCGGGCAUGGUGUGCGCCCCGGCCGGCCGCGCCCGGAGGAGAAAGGCGCCCCGUAGGCACGAGCCGCGUGGCCUCGGCCGCGCCGCGCCAGCCCUCUAGGCGGCAGCUGGCCCGCUGGUGCCCCCCUCGGAAACCAUGCCCCCCGGCUCGGGCCCAUGGAGCCAUGGCCUAUAGGGUCCUGGGCCGCGCGGGGCCACCUCAGCCGCGGCGGGCGCGCAGGCUGCUGUUCGCCUUCACGCUCUCGCUCUCCUGCACUUACCUGUGUUACAGCCUCCUGUGCUGCUGCGACCACCUGGGCCGGAGCCGUCUCCUGGGCGCGCCCCGCUGCCUCCGCGGCCCCGGCUCGGGGGGCCAGAAACUUCUCCCCAAGUCCCGCCCCUGCGAUCCCCCGGGGCCGCCGCCCAGCGCGCCCGCUGCCGCUGCCGCUGCCGCUGCCGCCGCGCCCGUCCCGCGCCUGCCGGCUCCCGCCGCCAACCACUCGGGCUCCCCGAAACUGGGCACCAAGCGGCUGCCCCAAGCCCUGAUCGUGGGCGUGAAGAAAGGGGGCACCCGCGCCGUGCUGGAGUUUAUCCGUGUGCACCCGGACGUGCGGGCCUUGGGCACCGAGCCCCACUUUUUCGACCGCAACUAUGGCCGGGGGCUCGACUGGUACAGAAGCCUGAUGCCUCGAACCCUGGAGAGCCAGAUCACUCUGGAGAAGACACCCAGCUACUUUGUCACUCAAGAAGCCCCUCGACGCAUCUUCAACAUGUCCCGAGACACCAAGCUGAUCGUAGUGGUGCGGAACCCCGUGACCCGGGCCAUCUCCGAUUACACGCAGACACUCUCCAAGAAACCCGACAUUCCCACCUUCGAAGGCCUGUCAUUCCGCAACCGCACGCUGGGUCUGGUGGACGUGUCCUGGAAUGCCAUCCGCAUUGGCAUGUAUGCCCUGCACCUUGAGAGUUGGCUGCAGUACUUCCCACUGGCCCAGAUCCACUUCGUUAGUGGCGAGCGACUCAUCACUGACCCGGCCGGAGAGAUGGGCCGAGUUCAGGACUUUCUGGGUAUCAAGAGGUUCAUCACAGACAAGCACUUCUACUUCAACAAGACCAAAGGCUUCCCUUGCUUGAAAAAACCGGAAUCCAGCCUCCUGCCUCGAUGUCUGGGAAAAUCAAAAGGCAGAACUCAUGUACAGAUUGAUCCUGAAGUGAUAGACCAGCUCCGGGAAUUUUAUAGACCUUAUAAUAUUAAGUUUUAUGAGACAGUUGGCCAGGACUUCCGGUGGGAGUGAGCCCCUGAGAGAGAAAGGCUUCUUCUGCUUGGCCCUCACUGGGGUUUGUCUCUAGAGCUUGUGGUCCACUUUUGACCCUCCCCAGAAAAUCAAAUCCCUUUUUCCAUCUUGGGUACCAUUAUCCUGGCAUGGGGAAACCCAGUGAAGAUCCAAGGGUGCCCUGCCACCAGCCCUCCCAAGUCUGUCCUGGCAAGUGGAUCUACUUCGGGCAAGUUCAGUGAGCUCCAAAUGAUCUCCCACGGGCCCUGUCAGGCAUCAGGAAGUUAUUUUAAGAGCAGGUCUCCCACUGAUGAUGGUUAUAAUCAAAAGCACAAGUGGUAAUGGUUUUCUUGCUAGGGACACAGUGGUCUGCCCCUGUCACUGGCCACCUCGAGAGUGGGCUCAUUCAUUUUUGAGUGGCGUGUACCUCUUCUCUGAACUUAACCCUCUGGAACUGCCUUGGGUGCUGGAAUAGGUGUCAUCCUUGCCUUCUGACCUUAGUGGAAAGUAUCCCUUGGCUAAUGGAGAGAUUGAAGAGCUGGGAGCAAAGCUCCCACCCAGCCACUCCUACAAACGAUCCUUUGAGGAGGAACGAGACCAGAGAUGUCAGAGCUGUGGUCUCAAUUCUGCUUGAAGGGUAACUGUGUUGGAAAAUCACUUUGUCACCCUCCCUGCUCCCUGUGAACUGAAGCACAUAACUCUGCUGUUACGGGUACUUUCCUUACGCAAGCUUUCAUGUUGAGCAUGCGGUAGAUUCAUGCUUGUCCAUGUGAAAUAAAUAUGGCUCUCGUGUCCUUAA